GAGAAUCAAAGUACUCGGAAAACGGUUUUAACUUAAAAUAUGAUAUAACAUAGAAAGCGAAAAAAUGACAGCAAGAAGCAUCACAGUCAACAUCAUAUGCUCAAACCUCACUCUGCAUAGUUUCUGAUGCACAAAACUAACCCCUCAUGUGGAGGCACAUAUCCACCCCCACCACCCGCGCCGCCCCGACAAAACGAUGUCGUUUUCUGCCCAACCCUUCAACCCUAUAAUCGUCAUGAUCGCAGCUGUCGUCGCCGCGCCGCCGUAUCUCCGCCGUUCCUGUUGACCACCGUCGUCGCUGCCGCCUCCUCGUGGUUGCGUAACAGGCGAAUCCGGUAUUUUUUUGUCUUCCUCUGCUCCCCGCUUCUCCUCGUCCUCCUCUGUGCAGCCAUCCCUUUCCUCUGUGCCGCCGAUCUCUGCCUUCGCCGACGCCUCUGGCAGAAGAUCCUCCGAGGUUCCUCCGGCGACGACGGCGGCGAUCGGCUCCGGCGUUGCGAGGAGGGGUGCUGCUGGUGCGGCGGAGACGAGAACGAGGAUGAGAAAGGUUUGUUGCAUAGAUACCUGCAGGAUCAGCUUCUUCUGGUUGGAUCGAUGUACGAGUGUGGUGAUGAUCAAGGCGAUGAAGAAGAAGAAGAUUCUAGAAGGGUUGAAGAUGUUGAAAAUCUGGGUUCUAGUAGUAGACUUCCUUUAUUGAGUUGAUUAAAUUUUAAAACCAACCGAAGAAAAAAAGAAGAAGGAACUUUUCCUUUGUUAUAUACAAAUUUUACAGCUUUGUAUCCAGGCCGACAUAAGAGAAGUUCUCUUAUAGUUAUGAGUGGGAUUCACUCAUUUAAAAAAAAAAGUAACACAGAAGUCGAUAUACGUGUAGGAGAGAAAAAUAAUAAUAUUUUCUCUUGUAUAUAUAGGAAAAAAAAAUUGUAUUGAGGUUCUAGGUACUGUUGCAGCAAGUUGCAAUCAGAUUCUUAACCAAUGCUAUAGUAUAUUGUAUAUGUUUUUUUUUUUUCUCCAUG